AUUAUUAAGAAAGUGUUUGUGAGGCUCUUGUUGCACUUUCGUCUCUGGGGAGGUAGAUAGGCAGGUAGGUAGGUAGAGAGACAGGCAUGGAUUGGAUGUCAAUGGGCCUUAUUAUAUUUCUCUAAUUCUAGUUCUAGUUCUAGUUCUAAAACAUUCACAAUGCCAAAAAGAAACUUAUGAUUGUGGUCAUUUCCCCCUUUCGUUCCCUUCACAUCAUGCGGCUCUUAUCUUCUGCUGCCGUGGCACUAGAAGUGCAAGAAUACUACUACUGAGCGCGAAGGGGGGGGGAGGGAAUGUUGCCCGGCUGUGUUGGGGAAAGUUGGAGAUACUGUACAUAGUUAGCCUAGGUUAGUCUAAUAUCGCCGUAUUGGUGUUUAGAUGAUUAUGUUAUACGGCUACCUAUCCUAUCGUAUAUGUAUGUAUGUAUGUAUGUAUGUAUGUAUGUAUGUAUGUAUGUAUGUAUGUAUGUACGCUGUAUACCUAGGCAGCCUACCUUAUAUUGUACAUACAUAUGGGGGCGGCUUUCACGGUACCGAGGCAGGUGCUAAUCUAACCUCGAUACCGAUGUAUUAUAGUAUUAAUUCUUGGAUCCCUUUUCUUAAUAAAUGCAGGCCACAACGAGAGCUGAGUUUUGAAAAGGCUGGGGGUUCUCAAUGCUUUGACGUUGCCGAGGAAUGAUAUAUCUUAAUAGGCAAUCGUGAACUUAUGUAUGAUAAUUAGUUAGUUAGUUAUGUACUAACUAUUGCUUUUUUGCUAACUUCAAACUGGAAG